AAUAAUCAUAUACGUCAUAUCUUUGUAGUAUGUAGGGUUUGGUUUCCUCUUCUUAAGUUUCUAUUUCCUUUUUAGAUCAUUUUAGAAUUUUAAAGAGAUACGUUUAAUAAGGAGUAACGGAGAUUAUAUAAAUUUAAAUUUUCUCACAGAUUUCUUAUAUCAUUGAAAGGACUGAGUUAUUUCAAUAUUAUCGAAAUCACAUCCAUUUAACUUAUUUGGAUAUAGCUGUUAUGGACAUGGUGAUUACAAAUCUACAACAACAACGUAUGAUCACGGAGCAAUUGCGCCGUGAAGCUGCAAUCAAACGUAUAAUGGUGAGCAAAGCCAUUGAAGAUAUUAUGAAGUACAUUACUGAACAUGAACAAGAGGAUUGUCUUUUGGUUGGUUUCUCAUCACAGAAGUCUAAUCCCUUUCGUGAAAAAAGCUCAUGCUCCAUUCUGUAAUAUUCCAUGUUUAUAAUUGAAGUUUUCAAUUGUGUUUAAGCUCUAAUUUCAUUUAAAUUAUUCAUGAAAAUAUUAAAAAUUCUAUGUUUGAUAUAA